AUGGUUUCACUGCCAGAGGACGAUGUGAAGAUUGGCACCAACCCAUUAAAGACUUUGAGAGUCCUCAUUCCUGAUACCCACCCAGACAUCGACGAAUAUAUCAAGGCGCAAGGCCUUAGUAAUGCUAUUCGCGCAGCUGUCCCACUUGAAAAGACUGCCAGCCGCCCUGAUCGCCAGACCCUGGUAGAUCUGGCAGUGGUCGGGAAAGAGCUUUCUCGGGUAGAGCGGUGCCUUUGUUGUAUCACAUCACCACUAAGUGAUCUAAGCAUGGUUUUCAUCCCUACUGGCUCUAUUUCCGAUGAGACAGACCAUGAGAGGCGAAAAUGGCUCAGAUCUGUUUGGGUCUAUAACAAGUAUCUGAACGCACAGAUAAAGCAGAGUGAGACUGCCCAAUUGUCUGUACUUGAAUGGUAUGAUAUGCGCUUUCAUGAAAUGAAUACGACCAUGUUUCAAACCUACAAAAAGGAACCUUUGAUUCUGGACCGAGCGCCAUCAGUCCCUUGA